CACCCCUCGCUACCUCCGCUGCACCCCGUUUGACCAUGACCGACGAACGACUGGUGUCGUCGUCGUCGUGGACCACGUCGUCCGACACCGGGACCGACACCAACGCUGUGAGUACGGCCUCGGAGCCGCCGGCCGCCAGCGGCUCUUGCUGCCCGGUGGGAGGACGGCGGCCGGGGGCGGGCAAGGCCUCCUUGACCGCCUCGUCCACCACCUCGUCGUCGUCAUCUUCAUCAUCUUCAUCGUCUUCGUCGUCCUCGUCGUCUUCGUCCUCCUCAUCCUCCUCGUCGUCGUCCUCCUACACUGCGCCGGUCUCUUUUGACGCUAUCACCUCGACCGAGCCGUCGUACUCGCCGGUCCCGUCGUCGACCACCAUCCUCUCGGAACAUCUGCUCUCGACGUCGACGUCGUCGUGGCUUGAGCUCGCGCAGGAAGCUGGUGCCUCGGAUCUGGUUGGGCUGAACGGGAGCCGGGCAAGCGUGCGGAUUGUGGGCGGUGACGAUGCGGCUGAGGUCGGAGCCGGCAAGGGAAACCUGCAAUGGCACUGGGCUGGAGCCCGGUUCCCGCGCGGAAGUCGGCUUAGCGCCGGCAAGAGCGUCGAGUCGGACGACGAGAGUGAGCCGUCGGUAGCGGUGGGGAGCGAGCACGAUGAGGGAGGGUGCAAUGGUCAGGUCGACAGCGUGAGCGAGGCGCGGCGGCAAGCGCUGCUGUUUGUCUACGACGCGGUGGGCAAGCACAAGUGGCGCGAGGCCGUGGAUGGCGGCGACCAGCGGUACGGCAAGGAGGUGUACGACAAGUGCCUGCAUCACGGCAAUGAUGGGCGACCGGAGCCGGGCUUUAUGGCGUCUGUGGAGCAGGCGAUGGAGCUUGUGCGGGAGACCCUGGACAAGCCGACGUUUGCCGCCGAGUAUCUGGCCAUGCACGCUGCCGUUUGCGCACACUUUCAGUCGCGGCGUAAGACCGGGACCGACGGGCGGGCCAUCGGUGGUGUGGUGAGGUCGCAGUUCCGCGAGCCGGUAGGUGGCAUGUGGGGCCUCCCGCACCUGGUCUCGAACCAGGCCAAGCGCGAGAUUUGCCGCGCCAAGCCGCAGGUUGUCCGGCUGCAGCACGUCCGGCCGCCGUCGCAGACCAAGUCGCGGGCGGCGCGGCGGACCCGCAACGACUCGUCGUACUACUCGCUGACGCUGACGUCGUCCGAGGCGUCGUCGUCGUCGUCGCAGGGCUACCGGCUCUUCUUUCUGCCGAUGAAGCGGGCGCGGCGGGUGGCGUACUUUGAUGCGUACGGCCACAGGUUCUACCACGACAUGCGCGCGCUGCUCAAGGAGGAGCUCUCGUGGCUGCUCCGGUUGGAGCGGUCGGUCGACGCCGCCGCGUUCUACGUCUCUCAGGGCCCGCUGGCCAAGCUGAAGGUUCCUAUUGAGCACGCGCGCGCGCUCGCUGGCGUUCCGGACGAGCUUCGGGCGCUGACGCCCGACGACGCGCUGCUGCCGGCUGUCCAUGUGCAGAAGGAGAUGAACCGGAUCCGGCGUGCCAAGCUCCACGCCAUCGUUGCCUACCACCAGGCCAUGCAGCGGCUGCAUGCCGCGCGCGAUGGGACGCAGCGGACAUCGGUCCUGCUCCUCAACAAGCAUCUCACCGAGUUCGGCUUCCAUCCCUGCACCCUUCGCGAGCCGCACCGCGCCGACAUCAACUCUGUCGCCGAGUUUUCGGCCCAGGUAGAGUCGGGCAUGCGCAAAUGGUCGCGCUACGCCAUCAAGGUCCGCAAGAUCCGCGCACGUCGCGCUCGCAAGGCCAAGGCCAAGGCGCUCCGCGCCAAGGUCGCUGCAACUGCCGCCGCCACCGCCGCCGUCUCGGACGCCGCCGAGGCCGAGGCCGCCCUGACUGGCCUCACGUUGUCGUCUUGAGCGAGCGAGCGGCGGGGGAUCAUGAAGUAAAUGGCUCGCGA